CUGUAAGCACUGAGCUCUAUAAAACCAAGACAGGCACAUUAAGCUGGUACCAUCUUCAACUCAUUCACAAAUUUGUGAAACGAUACAGUAAAGGAACCUUCGGGAACUUUAACGGAUACUCUAAGUGAAAAUGGAUCCUUGUGAUUGCUCAAAGACUGGAACUUGCAACUGUGGUGCCACCUGCAAGUGUACUAACUGCCAGUGUACAACCUGCAAGAAGAGUUGCUGUUCUUGCUGCCCAUCCGGCUGCAGCAAGUGCGCCUCUGGAUGCGUUUGUAAGGGCAAUUCCUGUGACUCCAGCUGUUGUCAAUGAGGAACCUCAAUGAACUAACGUCGUCUUUGUACAUCAAUGUUGUCUUUGUAAGAUAAUAAAUGACCUCCAGUUAUUAUCAGAUUUGUUUCAUGUUGCCACAAUCUUUUUUUUUUUUGAUUGGGGGGAGUUUACUUAUUUGUACUGUUAAAGACUAUACUACUCUGUUCUUUAUUAAAUGUUAAAUUGUACCUUUUCAUUAUGUGUCAAACAUACAAAUACACUUUUGAUCCGUUCGUGCAACUGUGUCUUUUAAACUGUUGCUGCAGUAAUAAACCCCUCUUUCAAAUCU